AUGUGGUGUGCAUUUACAGCUACGUCUCUGCUAUCGAUUGCACUGGUUUUUGUCGCUAGAGACGUCCUACGAGCCGCACACGAUGCGUCCAGCCACGUCGAGACGCAGGCCCCGGCCCUCCUGCGCUUUCAUGGCAACCACACGCUGUCCGGGGCAAGCUAUCAGGCAUUCAAGAACAGUCUAAAGCGUCAGAUACGAGGCGAUAGCUGUUUGAUGUACCACGUGGCGGACACAUGGUGGUACUACGAGUGGUGCGUCGACCGCCACGUGCGUCAGUUCCACACUUUGGCUAUCGACCAAGUGAGCAGUUCAGGCGAGGAGAGUAUACUUGUUGGAGUGCAUAGUGCAACGCACCCUCAAGCUUUUCGAGUUGUGGCUGUGAACAACCUGCUCGAACUUGCAGACCCAGACCGCAUGGGCUACAUGGCUCAAGAGCUUUACAACCGAGGGGAUUUCUGCGAAGAAAGUGGCGCUUCUCGAUCUGUCAAAGUGCAAGUAAAAUGCUGUCUGUUUCGGGACGAUGACACGUACAUAGACUCGGUGAACGAGCACUCGCCGUGUGAGUACGAGCUCACAGUGUGCUCGCCAGUGGCGUGUGGACUGAUGCAAGGGUACCAGUUCCAAUCGACCACACAGAACUUUAUGGGAGGGCAUGAACGCGAAGCACUGACUCGUACAGUGCGCGACAUGUUUUAUCAUGCGUAUAACGGCUACUUGACACAUGCGUUUCCGCAGGGUGAUUUGCAACCGCUGUCGUGUCGUGGAGGGAAGUUUGAACUGGGUCAACUGCCGAUGCUCACGUUGAUUGACACGUUGGACACGUUGGCUGUGUUUGAAGACGCGACAGAAUUUCGAAGAGCAGUGGGACUCGUGCUCGCAAAUGCUAACUUUGAUAUCGAUACGAAUGUGUCAGUGUUUGAAACAACGAUCCGCGUGCUGGGCGGACUGUUGUCAGCACAUCUUUUUGCGGUGAACGCCGAUCUGAAGCUAUUUCCAGAAGGUGGAUACGAGAACGAUGCACUAUUGCGCCUUGCUGUAGACGUUGCCGACCGCCUCAUGCCCGCGUUCAACACCACGACAGGGAUUCCGUAUGGCACAGUGAAUCUGAAGCAUGGAGUGCCCAAGGGCGAAACACCGAUCUCUUCAACUGCUGGUGCCGGGUCGCUUUCAGUCGAGUUCACAAUGCUGAGUGUCUUGACAGGUGAUUCCAAGUAUGCUGCUGCAUCACGAGGGGCUGUACGCGCACUGUUCCAGCGCCGCUCGAACAUCGGAUUGCUUGGAAAGCACAUAAACACCACUGAUGGUCAUUGGACUGAGACAACGUCGGGUCCAGGGUCCAAUUCGGAUAGCUUUUACGAGUACUUGCUGAAGAUGUACGAACUGUUUGGUGACCGUGAGUCGUUAGAGAUGUUUGCGCAAGUCUACCCGAGUGUACUGGCUUACAACAAACACGGCAACUGGUACACUGACGUGUCCAUGUAUACAGGCUGCCAUCAUCGCAAAGCGGGCGGAGCUACUAUCAUUGUUGAAAGCCUCGCCUCGUUUUGGCCUGGCGUGCAAGUUGGUGCGGGUGAUUUAUCUGCCGCUGCAAAAUCGGUCAACUCUUUUUAUCGUAUCUGGCGCGACUACGGAUUUCUGCCGGAGCAUUUCAACGUGGGCACUUGGGAACCCGUAAAGCCACCGGGUGCGGGCGGCGCCCGUUACCCACUGCGCCCAGAGCUAAUCGAGUCGACAUUUUACAUGCACGAAGCCACCAAUGACUCGUCGUGGCUGCGUGCUGGUGCGCACGUGAUUCAUUCGCUACAAACGUACGCAAAGACUCCGUGUGGUUACGCAAGUAUUGCUGACGUUGUGUCGAAGAAACAAGAAGACUACAUGCCUUCGUUCUUUCUGUCCGAGACGUGCAAGUACCUUUACCUGCUUUUCAACACUUCGCACUUCUUCCGACAAGGCAAUUACGUACUGACGACCGAGGCCCAUCCACUGCCAAUUCUCUCCACUAAGGUCGUUGCGCCAAUAUUGCAGGCGUCGAAUGCAGACGUAAACAGUGGUAGACCGGCGUCCGGCAAUCGCUUCUCGCCUGAACUAGUCCUGCAAUGCAAGGUGCCCACGUUCUACGACGUCACCAGUUACUCUUUGGAAUACGAAGACAAGGUCACGACACUUACACCGGGAUGCUCUCUGCCUGCAGUACGUACUGCCCAGUCCUCGAAGAAUUCCGUCUCAGCGAAAAAAAUGCUUGCAACGGCUGCCUCCAAAAAUACACCGCUGGCGACGACUGGGGACGACAUCGCUGUUUCUGCGGGUAAGGAAAAAUCAGGUAUUGAUUCACUGCAGCAAGGGUUGCCUGCAUGGAAGGAGAGACUCCGGAACUUUGGUGGAAAGGAUGUCGACGAUGGACUGCUUGAUCAGCUGCUGAAAGGAAGAUUGGCCAGCCGUGACGUACGUUCGACCGAACAAAACGAUCACGGUCUAGCGGUGCAGCGUUUGUAUGGUGGUAGCGAUCUGGGAGAAUUCCGUGUCGAGCAGCUACCCGAUCGAUUGCGUGUGACUCGCGAGAGAACAGGUGAUUGGAUUGAAGCUUCCGGCAUUCUUGGUCACAGUCACAUUCUUAUAGGACUAGGACCGCACGAUGGCUCGGCGAAUGAUGCCGACGCUGGUUCGUACACUGUUGAGAAGCUGAGAGAAGAGAAGCCAGUGCAAGGCAAUGAUAAUGACCCGCCGUACCUGUCAUGGAUGCACGCGUAUAAGGUUGACGGUACUUCGGGCAUGUCUGUCGACCAGCGCUGCUCAUUACGCUAUCAAGUGGGCUGCAGUCGUCAUCCAGGAAAAGCUCAACCCAACGAGAAGGGGAUACCCGACGUCAACGAAGGUCUGAACGACAGACGCGAUGUCUGGUCCACAGUGCCCUGUAUUGGUGCUGACUUUGGCGCAGCGAGCACCUUGCAAUCGUCUCAUGCCUUUCCGAUCAUGGAACUUGUGGCCGCUCGUCCUGCCAUGGCGUGCAGUGAAGUGUCUGAUUUGGGAAACGACCGUGUUCGAGGAAAGAUGGUGCUUAUUCGAAGAGGUGACUGUUAUUUCGAAGCGAAAGCGCGGCAUGCGGCCAAGCAGGGCGCUGCGGGCGUCAUCAUAGUGAACACAGAAGACAAUGAUCAAGUGAUGGUCAUGAGUGGAAUGGACGGAAACAGUGAUAAAGUGGCUGAUGAACCGCUAGACAUUCCAGUUGUGAUGGUCCCCCUGCGUCUGGGCGAGUGGUUUGAGACCCGUUUGGCUGAAGCGCAGGCGCUUUCACUAUCUCCUGUGAAAGUCAGUGUCGAGAUAGUUGUGCGAGACCAUCGACGUGAAGUCUCCAGCGAUGAUGGAAGAUCGAUUGCCGGUGACCGAUCAUUUCCGUGGGUGGAUGGAGUCGCUGGUAACAUGAGAGUCUAUGGUCCGUUGUGGGGCAUCGACCUUGUUGACGUGAAUUUGGACACGGAAACGAGUCAAGGGCAAGACGACACAACGGGUACAGACGCGAGACCCACACCAUUACUAUUGUCGAGACGCCGAAAUAGUGGAGAAGGCGACGACACAGCUUGUUUGACUGGAGCAGCGUACGGAUACGUUGCUUGCAAAGACGUACUUGCGAGCAAGAGCUAUCGUUGCGACCUUCCAGUCUUUUUCGCGUGGGACGGACGCGAUGGGGUUGAAUGCCAUAUUUACGAGACUCCUGAUAGCGGCUGA